AUGCCGUUCAAAGUUGUUCAAACCUUGGAGGGAAGGAAAUAUAAAUUAUUUACUAUUCCCUCGGGUUGGGAAUCUGACAAUAUUCUCAGAUAUCCAAAUAAAUGCAUAUCAAACUACGAAAACGGAGAAAAGCUUGUAUCUGAAAUGCUGAAGCACAGUGAUACGGAGGACGAUAUCGAUAAUUAUACGCAGCGGCGACGUCCACAUAACAAAUCUAUGGGCAAUGUUGUAUUGACUAACCAUAACACAGACAUAGCAUCGUCCGCUGACUUGCCGAUUGAAUUAAACUAUAAUUUAGUUUAUACUGAGAAUAUUCAAGCAAAUUCAACAAAUACAUCUCAAGUCUUUUCAAACGAUAUUACACCUUUAGUACAGGAUUCACUUCUGAUAAACGUGAAAGUGAGAAUGAGGAUAAACGAAGAAGAAAACACGAUAAAUAAUAAAGAAAGAAAUGAUUCAGUAGAAGAAAACACAAAGGAAAAUAAAGAAGACGAUCUAAUUAAAAAUAUCUCAAAAGACAUCGCCAAAUAUAAUAGUAACGUUACAGUUGGAAAGGAGACAAGUGUCUGA